AUGACUAUUACACACCCCCAGACACAAAGGGCCAUUGUAGGAGUCGAAGGAGGCGGCCUCGCGCUCGUGGAGAAUGCAAACGUCCCUGCUCUGGAGGAGGACAUGGUCCUUGUAAAAACCGCCGCCAUCGCGGUCAACCCCGUGGACGCAAAGAUGUCUGCGCCGAACCUCGUAACUGCCGGGGCCCUCGCCGGCCAUGAUUUUGCGGGCACAGUUGCAGCCAUCGGAGCGAAGACGUGGACCGCAGCGCCGAUCGAGAUUGGCGAUCGGGUCUGCGGUGCUGUCCAGUAUAAUCUACCUCGAAAGGGACUGAACCCCCUAGCACCCGACGUGGGAGCUUAUGCGGAAUAUGUCGGCGCGUCUGACGUCGCCGUCAUCAAAGUUCCAGAGUCCAUGUCCAUGGAGGAAGCCGCCUCGCUUGGGACAGGCAUAGGAACCAUGGGAAUGGCGCUCUUCCAUACCUUGCAGGUCCCAGGAUAUCCCACUGGGCCAGCAGCCACGCCCAAAGUGGUUCUUGUAUAUGGCGGCAGCACAGCCAGCGGAACCAUGGCCAUUCAACUUCUCAAGCUAUCCGGACUGCUGCCAAUCGCAACCUGUUCGCCAUCCAACUUUGACCUGGUCAAAUCCUACGGCGCGGUACAAUGUUUCGACUACCGGUCUGAAAAUUGCAUAGAUGACAUCAAGAAGCUCACCAAGAACGCUCUCAAGUUCGUCAUUGACUGCGUCUCCGAGCCUGACACCAUGGAAUUCUGCUACAAGUGCAUCGGUCGAACCGGCGGCAAACUGGCAACGCUGGAGCCUCCGCCCAAGUAUCUCAACGCGAGGGAGAGGACUGUCACAGUAAACUGGGUAUUGGGUCCUGCACUGCACGGGAAACCGAUUGGCUGGCCGCCUCCCAUGGAGAGAGAUGCUAAUCCUGAACUUCGCGAGUUUGCCAAAAGGUGGUUUACAACGGUGCAAGAAUUACUGGACCAGGGGAAGCUGAAGACGCACCCGCUCAAGGUCAUGGAUGGCGGUCUGUCAGCCGUGACAGAUGGGCUCCAGAUGCUAAAGAAGAAGCUUAUUUCUGGACAGAAACUAGUUUAUCCUGUAGUUGAAACACAUGAAUAA